UAGCGUACUGGACUAUCAUUUACCCCAACGGACGUCUCUAGGAGCAACAAGAUACGCAAACAAAAAAGAUACAUGUGGUGAUUAUGUUGAUGAGUUAAAUGGAGUUAGUAGCCAUAUGCUUCUUGGUGCAUAUCGCGGAAUCUAUGUCUAGAUUGCCUUCGAGGAGGAAUAUACUGACACACAACCAAAGAUAAACCAGCCGUAUGAGAAGAGACAACUCUAGGAGCAGGAUUCUGGAACUUCAAACAAGGAGGCGGGGUACAACUUGGACUGGUCGCCAGUCAAUGGCAUGGCACAUACAAUAUCCGCCCAGGCUGUGUGCAGCCCUAGAGUGCCAUCAUGCUGGCCUGCAUUCAAAGACAGCAGAACCUGUCCACGUCAUCACAGCAUCUCAACUGCACGCCAAAAAGCCUCGAUGUCCUGACGCCGCCAUUGCUGCUACCGGCACGGCAGAAGCAGCCAUGCACACAUACAGACGAGCCACCCUCGGUGGCCUCCCGGUACCCGUCUCCUGCCGAGCUGGACGCCUUCGCCAAGAAGAUCGCCAACAACCCGCUGUCCAUCAAGAUCUUUCAGUCUGACAUCCGGGUGCCACAACACAAACAGCUGAGCAAGAUGGUGAACGGCCUGGACACAACCGGCCAGUGCUACAGUCCCUACUCGCAGCCCUACUACCAAGGUCUGUUGGCCAUCGGGAAGGCCGCGGUGGCAGCAACAGCGGUCAAAGGUGUGGUGAAGAACUCUGAGGGCAAAAGGACUAAACACACAAACAGCCAGACUUGCAUGGCGCCAUAUAAAACUCUGAAUAACGGCUACUCCGUCAGGCACAAGGCCUAUCACGUGAGCUCAUGUAAGCCCCCUGAUGUUCCAGUGGAGACGGUUUGUUCCAGCACUGGUGAUCCCAGCCUGCUCCCUCGCCCAGAGCUGGCAGAGGUUCAGAGCCUUAUGAGGCAGAUGAGGAGGGUCCCCCGAGGGCCUGGGGUGGCGCCUCCUCAGUGUGGGGGAGAGGUGGCGGCCGCGGCAGUGGCGGCGGUAGCCCACUCGGACUAUGUCGGCGUCCCACCGCCGCAGAGCAGCAUGGCGUUCAGUGGGGCGGUGGUUCCCACGCAGAGCGCCGCCCACGUGGGGGACUACACAGCGUGGCAGCCCCGGCAUCAGGUUGCACAGCAGACAUAUCAGAUGAGGAUGUACGGCAUCGGUGCGGUUGGACAAUCACCCGAAAGCUGCCUCCCUUUGCCGUCCACAUAUGGGUUGCAUCCUCCCAACGUGGGUCAGGAGCGACUUGCCGCCAUGCAGGGUCACUUCUCUGUGCGACACUUUUUCACGCCGCUGUGGGACAGCGUCGCCGCCACACCCAACAGCGACUGCUACACUCCUCAGGUGCUUGCGACGGGUACAAUGGCGCCCCAGCAUCCCCGUCUCCACUCCAAUCACUACCAGACGCAUUUCCAGCCUACCCCUCUUCUCGCUCAUCCUCAGGUCUACAGCGCAGACCAAAACCUCUGUUGCGGGCCGCCGGGCGCUAGUCUGUGCCACGCUGCAGCUCUCAGCAGAAGUCUGCAGUCUCUGGAGUGCCUCAUCAGUGAGAUCCACCCGCCCUGCAUCAAAGAGAGCAUGCUGGGCCGCGGCUACGAGGCUGCCGGUGCGAUGCAGCAGCACCACCACCAGCCUCAUCUUCACGCCCACAUUCAGCUCCCCGUCUACAGAUGAAACGUCUCAUAGUCACAAAAAAACACGGUGUUUGAAACGCAGGACAGGAAAAUAAUAAUCAUGACCCCAGAUAGAGGGUUAUCUGCUCUUCAGCUGCCAUUAAUCCUCAGUGAAUACUAAUUUAGAGCACCUACACUAUUCAUUAUUUGCCAUGACAAGUGAAUACUUUGCAGGUUACAAGAACAAUACACACAAAAAAAGUUACUUGAAUCUUGAAAGGACCUCUGGUAACGCUGCUCUUUCAGGAGGAGUCUACACUCAGGCUUCUGCAAUAUGAUUCUUGGAGGAAGAUAGUUUGACCAUGUGGGUUAAAAGAUGUGAAUAUUUUUUUGUCAUGCAUUACUGAUGAGUACAGGAUAUAUUUAUGAAUAUUCUGUUACGUUUUAACAUCAUUUUUAUGUCAUCUGCUGCAGAUCUAAAUCAAGCAGAGUGAUUCCCUUGCUUGUUUGCCUAAGAUUGACUUUGUUAUUAUUUUUAAGAGGCUACAUUUACUGGCCACUAAUACGCAGGGUACGCAAUGUGGUUAACUCAUAACAGCGAUUAAAUAGUUAAUCAAUUUUGCCUCCAUUUUGAUUAACCCUUGACACCUUUGGUGUAUCAAACCUGUCAAGUCUGCUUAUUUGAUUCUCAAUAUAUCAUUCACUUUUAAGGAUAAUUGUAUGAAACAUGGCCAGGAUGGGGUUUUUUUUUUAUUUAUUAUUUGCAGAUUUGCAUAUAUGCUUACACUCCUUACCCUUGGGACAGAUUUGGUCCCAUCGACUUCCACUAUAAUCAAAUAUUUAUUUAUAUACUGUUCUACAAUCCUGAUGAAUUAUCAUACUUUUACCAUAAAUACCUCAUAAAUCUACCUUCACAUUAAAGGGAAAACAGAUUUUCAUUUUCAAAACCAUAAAAAAUAUUACAUUAAUUCAUUUAAUUAGGUCCGAAGUUGUUUGAUGCGGUGAAAGUGAAACAUUUUUAUGAGAGGGACCAUUUUGGGACCUAAGGGUAACAAGUGUAACCAUUUUAGAGGGGCCUCAAUGGUUUUAGUACCGUCAUGGAGGUCACAUUUUGGUCAUUAUAUUGUUCAGGUGUACCUAAUAUUGAAGCUGGCGAUUGUAUGCUGACACAUAAGUUCUUCUCUGGAAUGUUGUGGCAAUACUACACACAAUCUAAAUAUGGUGGGUACUUCCUUGUGUGUGUGUCUGCACUGGUUCUGUGCUUAUUUAUUACUAUGUCUGCCUGUUGAACUGUAUGGAAAAGUGUCUAUAUUAUUAAGAAGUGCAAUUAUUAUAUCUAUAAAUAUGAGGUAUGUUGUUGAAAUGACUACACUUGCAGCAGUGUAUGUUUGUGACCUUAAAGCCCCGGCCCCUUGCCCCCCCUCCUCCACAUAAGGAUUGUCAAGUAAAUGGCAUUUUCUUGACCCAAACAAUAUCAAUGAGUUAUUAUUUUCUUUUUUUUUUUUUUUUUUUUUAAACAGAAAAGGUUUCCAAAAUAGCAUUCCAUAACUUUAUUGGAUUACUGGAAGUUAAACAAGGUUCAAAUGGCGUAGUUUGAUGCUAUAUCGACAUUAAGCUAAGGGAAGUCACUUCCAGUUUAUUAAAAAUAAAACGUCCGUUAAAAAAAAAAAUCAAAAAGAUGCAUAUUUGUAAAAAUCAAGAAUACAUGAGACAUUGGUUUAGCUUUUAUUGCAGUAGUAUCCAGGAGAAAUCAAUUUAUUCUUUGAUUUUUAAGGAAUCUAUGUUAUUUUGUUAGGAUCUUGCAAUUUUGACGUGUAUAUAAUGUUAGCAGCGUCUUGGCUUGGCUGCACAACUGAUGCCAUAAAUAAAUAAAUAAAAUUCUAUGAAUAAUGCAAAUUGAAAAGAGAUCAUUUUAAUACCUUUUGUGGUCUGUUUAGAGCCCAGAUGGAUGGAAGCUGAAGCCGAGGUCAUUUGAAUACAUCAACAUGCAUGUAAAUCACAUGAUAAUACACAAUAAUUUUAGCACUGGGGAAGAGGACGCGUUAUUGCACGCCUGUCUGCACACCUUAUGGUCUUUAGAGGAUAUAUUGCAACACAAAUGACCUAACUGGAUGUCAUCCAAUUCACCGUUGGGAAUAAAACAGCAAUAUCUGGCUGAUCAAACUAAUAAUUCAGGUCUAAAGGUCAGUGUUGUUGUCACUGAGGCAGUGUCAGGGAGUGAUUUGCCGAUUUAAGCCUAUUGUGUACCAGCUUUGGACAUGGAGCGUUUUUCAUCCAAUUUAUCUGUCAGGACAGGCCUGGGGCGCCGUGCUGAUAAACCAACCUGGAACACAGACAUGCUCUCCUCGCUCGCUCUGUCGUUCAGACGAUUAGCUCAGG